GAAUUAUUGCAAAAAAAUUGCCAAAAUGAUGUUAUUAUUGCCUUGUGGAAUUGUUGGAAUCGUUUAUUAUGAGAAUUAUUGUUUAUUUGUUAUAGGAGGAGGCAAUUGAAAGUAUCUAUUUUUUUUUUACUAUUUCUAUCUGCACAACUAUUGUAUCUAUAUCGUACGUUAGAAAUCCCAGUGUUUGAUUAUAUUCAAUGUGGGGAAGUAUAAUACACCUUUGGAAUACAAAUUUCGUAUCUGAAAUCUGAGUUUAUUUGUUGUUGUUUGUCAUUUUAUCGUCGUUGUCAUCAUCAUAUUCGUCAUUGUGGUGGAUUCAUAUACAAAAAAGUAUCAACUGAAGAAAUCAAAUUUGCUAAAUCCUAUCUACUCUUAAAUUGCAUCUAAUAGAUACGAACAACGACACAAGAACGCAUCAUCAUCGCAUUCAUCAUAUCGUCCCGCCGGCCGAAGUGUAUCUUUGUGUUUCUUUCAUACGGAUCGGUUCGGUUGUUUUUUGGUGUCUUUGGUUUAUCGUUGUGAGAUCGUAGAUAUACAACUCUCGUAUGAGGUGCAUUUUCUGAUGGUAUAAAAUAAUAUUUAUUUUGGAUCGCAUCCAGUGAUUUUUAAAGUGAUUUUUUUCUGUUCAAAAAAAGUAUCGAAGCCGGCAGAAGUAUCUUUUUUUUCAUUUUGUUACUAAAAAUUCAAAAAUAGUAUUUAAUUUUGUUUAUUUUUUCAACGGCAUUUUCGGCAUUUUAGAACACUUUGAUAAAGAAGAAGAAGUAGAAUUAGAAGAGAAAUAGAGAAAAAGAAUUCGAGAGUUAUUGGAUUUAUUUGCGCACAUUUUUUUCUUCUUUUUUUUGUGAUUUUUUGUUUUCAAAAACGUCAAAACACCGGAAAAGCAGUGGAACGUAACGAAUUUUAAAUUUUUUUAUACCAGAAGUGCAAGAAGCGACAGUUUUGCCGGAUCCAAUCCCAAUGAAUAACCAAAACCAAGGAUACUCAUCAUUUUAAACACAUAUUUGGACUAACAAAUAAACCAAAAUCUCAAACAAACAAACCAUAUCAACGAAAAAGAAUUUUUUACAUACAUUAUUUUGUUUAAAGGCAUGAUUGUGGACAAAACUGAAAAUGUCAGCGAACAAGCUUGGACAAAGCUAUUAGAUGAUAAGGAUACAAACGGUGCUGUGAUUGUUAAAAAUACAAACGAUACGGAUAGUAGUAAUCCCAAAGAGAGUCCAUUGUCAAUGGACCCACCACAAACAAAAAGCAAAGAGUCAAUAUUAGGUACAUUCCAUAGGCAUUUAAGGAUGUCACUUAAGGCAGUUAGUGAAUCUCCAGGACCAAUUACAAGGUACCGUCAAACACGUUUCUCCUCCCGGCGUGUUAGAAAACGUGUAAUAUUCAAACAUGGAGACUGUAAUGUUGUACAAGGCAAUGUUGCGAAACGAAGACGAAGGUAUUUACAGAAUCUCUCUCUCCUUUCAAAGGAUAUAUUCACAACGUUAGUGGACGCACAGUGGCGCUGGACCCUGCUGGUAUUCGCUCUCAGUUUUCUAUUAUCCUGGACGGCGUUCGGUUUUGUAUGGUGGACGAUAGCAUACGCACACGGUGAUCUCGAGUACAUUCAUUUGCGUGAACAAAAUGAAGAAGCUGCCGAACGCUUGAAUUUCACAAUGUGCGUUACCGAAAUUCGAAGUCUAACAUCGGCAUUCUUGUAUUCGAUUGAAACGCAACACACCAUCGGUUAUGGUAAUCGAUUUGUGACAGAAGAAUGUCCUGAAGCAAUUUUUACAAUGUGCUUCCAAUGCAUUAUGGGAGUUUUCAUUCAAGCAUUUAUGGUUGGUAUUGUUUUUGCGAAACUUUCGAGGCCAAAGAAACGCGCACAGACGUUGUUGUUUUCGAGGAAUGCGGUCAUUUGUCAUAGGGAUGGAGUGCCAUGUCUGAUGUUUCGUGUGGGUGACAUGCGGAAGAGUCAUAUUAUUGAGGCACAUGUCCGAGCGCAAAUAAUUCGCAAGAAGGUGACAAAAGAAGGAGAAAUCAUGCCUUUCUAUCAGCAGGAACUGACAGUGGGGGCUGACGGUGGUGAAGAUAGACUAAUGUUCAUCUGGCCAACGACAAUUGUACAUAAAAUCGAUAGAAAGAGUCCUUUGUAUACCUUGUCCGCAUCGGAUAUGCUGAAGGAACGUUUCGAAGUUGUCGUUAUGUUGGAAGGUGUAAUUGAGUCUACUGGUAUGACAACGCAGGCACGUUCGAGUUACCUACCAUCGGAAAUUUUAUGGGGACAUCGUUUUGUAAAUGUUGUGUCCUUCCGGAAAGAAACCGGAGAGUAUGAAGUCGAUUAUACUCUAUUUAAUAACACAUACGAUGUUGAUACACCGUUGUGUAGUUCAAGGCAACUGGAUGAAGUCAAGGCUGAAUUCAGUAAAAACAGCAAAACGGGAUUGGAACGUGCCCUUUCUGCCGGUAUCUUGCCCCGUAUUUCAUCGGCCGCUUCCCUAGAUCCUGCCAGUGAUGAGUCAUUAGACUCUGGCCGCCUGCAUAUGCGUGCAGGCUCAAUACCAAAUGGCAUCUUACCAAAUGAUGAUGCCGAUGGCCAUUCCAUAAAUAACAACAACAUCACCUGUAACACAGCAUUACUAUCGCCAAAUGGAAUAACGAUAAAUAGUAUUAAUGAAAAAUCCAGAUCCAAAUCGGUACCCAGAAGAUUGUCGAUAAAACAAAAUCAAUUAUCAGUGGAUUCAAUUUGCUGAUAUAUGUUUUCCAGUAUAAUAUAAUUUUAAAAAAUAAUAAUAUUUUAGUCAAAUACCUAUAAAUUAAAAAAAAAAAAACAAAAAAUUAUUAUAAAAAAAUAAAAGUCCUAGACAACUUCAUUAAUUAGAAUUUAGAAAAAAAAAGAAAUCAAAUCACUCUAUACUAUAUUCGUAUAUUGUGUAUAAAGAUUUUUUUCUUUCCUCCUCUCAAAAAAAAAAAACAAACAAAAAAACACUAAAUUUAAAUACAAAAUAAAACCAUUAUAUUAUUAUUUAAUAUUUAAUGUAAAUUUAAGGAAACAAAAUUUGUUAUUUUAAUUUUAUUCCAAAAAAAAAUACACUUUUCCACUUGA